AGCAGUGUUCAGGCAUUGCUCGUCGAGUAAACACGGCACGAUGCUCAAGCUCGUGGCGAUCGGCCUCGUUUGGGCAACCGCGGCCAACGCUUUUCCCCUGCUGCCCACCUCCACGGUCAACAUCUCGGACUCGUGGCUGCUGACGGACGCCGACAGCCCCGUCUUCUACCGCCACUUCCGCGACAAAGUGACCUGGGCCGAGGCAGAGUCGGUUUGCCAGUUCCACCACAGCGUGCUCGCCACUGUGCGAAACACGGCUGAAUUUGACCGCACCAGGGCCCUCCUGCGACAGCUGGAAUGGACCACGCCGGUGUGGGUGGGCCUCAGGCGCGACGACGGACAACCCAUGUUCAAGUGGAGCACCCCAGCGGGUGCAACUCUGGAAGCUUCCGAGGGCUACUGGCACGAGUCUCCGAACGUCAUCACCUCGGCGCCGCAGUGUGUCACCAUCGACCCGGCGGCCGACUUCAGGUGGCGCGCGGUCGACUGCUCCAGCACGCUCGAGAUCCACUCGUUCCUCUGCCAGAUACCUGUGCCGACGUGGGUGCGGUUGGAGCACGGCGGGUGUUUGUCGCCGAAAUGGCCCAACAAGGAGGUCACCGUGCAGUACAAUCCGCAAACCAGGGCCCUGGAGAUGAUCGCCGAUUGCGGCCUGCGAGGCACCAGGAGGAUCGCAUGCAAGCACAACUCUGAAAAGGACAUUCGCAGACUGGAGCACAAAUUGAGAUGCUCAGAGGAGAGCGGAAACCACAUGAAAGCGGCCACACCGCCACGUCCCAUCACGCGGCACCGACGGGACGUCCAGGAACCCAGCGCAGCUCCGACCGCCGACCUUUUGACCGCGCACAGUUUCGCUCCCCCUCUGCAGCCGACGGAAAUCGAUCAGCAAACUACUGAGAAGCUGCAAGAAACGACCACUGAGAAGAUCAUCGUGACUGUCAGUCCAACCGAGAUGGCGACGGACUCCGUUCCGAACCCAACCAAAGACAUCACCGAGGCGCCGAAACUGCAGUCGGACGUUGAUCAGGCGCCGUCGGUCAGCACCACCCGCGAAGCGACGAGCCAGAUGAAAACUGAGGAGGCAAAAACCACCACCCCUGCCGUUCAAAAGGAAGAAGAGGAAAAAAUUGAAGCGACCACCGAGGAAGAAUCAGAGAAAUUAAUCAUCGCCGUCUCUUCGGCGCCCGAAUCAAUUUCCGUCGUCAGCAGCACGACCACUCUUGCAGAUACGGAGGAAAGGACGACGGUCGCUUCGUCUUCCAAGAUGAACGUUGAGAUCAUCGCACACAUUUUCGACACCAGCACCGACGGCAACCGCGUCAUCACCGUCGAGGAGUUCCGGCAAAACGAGGAGGCGCCGACCGCUAGGCCCGCCGUCGGCCAAGAGGAGGAGAUCGACAUCGACCAGAUGCAAAACACACAGCCCCUGGUGGUGGCGAAGCACCACGUCGUGCCGGGCACCCCCAGGAACGUGCCCUCGACGAUGACACAGCACGACCCGCCGCACCACCCGCCCCUCGUCAUCGCCAUUUCGCACCACAACUUCACGCCCGGAAUGCCCAGAAUCGUCGCCCCGCCGCCCCAGGUCGAUCAGGCCCAGGCGCCCUUCAUGCACCACCCGAUGGUGCACGACGGACACCCGAGAAUUGUGGGUCCUGAGGAGAUCAGGUCGGCAGAGGACCACGUUGCUCAGAGGAGGAAACAGUUUUUGCCAACGCCUUUGCAAGGGCCGAUCCCGGAACAGCUGCACCACCACGCACCCAUGAUGGUGCACCAGCAGCAAGUUGAGCACCACGUAGAUGUCACCGAAGAGGCAAUGGUGCCAUCAACAACCACAGAGGUACAAACCGAGAGUGACAAAACCGAGGAGGAGGACAUCGAGUUCCAGGACGAGGAGCCGGAGGCGUUGCAGGAGGCAAAACAGCGCCAGGGCGAAAAGUCCAUCGUGGUCAGCGUCAAGGUGGAGGAGAUGGAAAGCACCGAGGACACUUUGAAUGCCGAGACGGACGAAGAAAUCAUCGAAGCCAAGCAGCGACUCAAGGGCAGGCGGACGGACGAGAAGCCUGUCGAGAGACACCUGGCCCGCAGCCUCUACCCUUUCAUCAUCAACAGGCUGCUUGGUUAAAUUCAUCGAUUGGGGAAAAAGUAAAUUAAAAACAGAAUCAAUUUUUUUGCAACGAAAUUCUCAACUAGUGGUUCGGAUCGAGAGUAGGUAGCAAUAAGAAGAUGAGUCUCUAGAAAAACUCUCAUAAAAUUAAUUUAGAAUACAAGGAAAAGCACUACUAAAAUUUUUGGUAAUAAAUCUUGAGGCAUAUGAAAAAUUAUCUAAUGAAAAGUCUAGCUAAAGUUUGAUAUAAAUCACUUUUAGAACAUUUUUAGCCGCGUAGAUUUCUGCUUUUACUUUGACAUUCUGCACACGCAUUUAUGAGAUAACACGUUGCUGCACUCACCGUCCUAAAUGCUGCCUGAUCGACUUUUUAAGAUUUUCCCUGAUUUCUCGCUAAUUAUCGAGGCUUCGGUCUGUGUGUGUAUAUCUGAGCACAAUUUCACUAUAAAAAUAUAAUUAUAUAUCGCUCUACUUGGGACAGAGAGUGGCGUGCGAAACAGACGAAAUCCCUUGAUUUAGAAUGAAAGAUAAAACGACCGGAAAAAAAAAUAAAAUUUCAAACAAAUAAUCGAAGGAAAAAUUUUGGCUCAUGUUACGUGUGUAUGUCUCGAUGGAACAGCUUUAAACAUAUGUAAUUAAAAAUAUUCUUGCGAAGUACAAUGUCAAAUGUGAAAUAUGAUGUUUUAUAUGAGCCAUCGGAAUUUAUUCACCAGGUCAAAUUAUUCACUAACGAAAAAAACCAGGCCGUGUUUCGAUUAAAAUAAAAAGUUGCUGAAAAAUUCCAAGCGAAUGUAACUGGUGCAAUAAAAAGUUUUGUGAAAAUGUGAUGCAUCUGUCCCACUUUUAAGCAACAUCUUUCGCGUUGUACUAACUGUAAUUUUAAUCGUCUUCAAAUACACGUAUAGACAUGUAAAUAAAUGUUAUGCUCAAGAGGGAAACAAAUUACAAUGUUAAGUGUAAUGUGGGAUGUUAAAAGUGUCGACAAACUGAACCGACACAACGACGACGAGUGCGUUUGCAAACAAGGCGUUCCUUUGCAAACGCAUACAAUUCACAGUUGCCAAAUGGAUCGUUGUGAUGAAUGAAUUAAAAUGAGAAAAAAAAUUGAAAUUAUAAAAAUGUUUCCCCAUUAUUUUUCCUCCGCGCUGAAAAUAUACUAUAAAACAAAAACGGAUGCCAAAGCAGAUUGACAAUGAUUAUUUCAAUAUUAUUCUUGAUGUUGUGUAAAAUUCAAAUACAUUUAAAAAUCUUUUUCUCAGUUGCUGUUAUCUGAAAGUUUAUUAAUAAAUCA